AGCGCUGAAUGAAUAGUAGUAUACAUACAUAACCCAUAGUAUGGUAUACAUACAUAACCGAUUUCUUCCUAAUGUUGCGUAUACGCAACACGAAGUUUAUAUAAUUAAUUAUCAGUAAUUAUUUUUUUUCACGAAGUGUUAGACUAAUUGUAAAAUAAGUUCAUUUUGACUGCAUUUUGUGAAGUUAAACUUCGUGUUGCGUAUACGCAACAUUGGGAAGAAAUGGUAGGUUAAGUACGCAACAUCGGUGCAUCGUCAUUAGUGGGAUAUACAUUAGUGAUUGAUUAGGAUUUUUUUUAUUAAACAUCAGUGAUUGAUUAAGAAUAUAUAUAUACAUUAAGCACGUAACAUCAGUGCAUCGUCAUCAUCAGUGGAAUACAUUAGUAAUUGAUUAGGAUAUUUUUUGAUUAAACAUCAGUGAUUGAUUAAGAAGAAGUUUACGAAUUUGCGCAGAAAGAAGCUUCGGACAUUUCUGCUAUAGAAAAUCUCAAGGACUUCACACCGCCGCGAAAGAAGAAAAAAGCAUCGGUUGUAGUCUAUGCAUUGCCGGAAAAUACAACUUAAGAAGGACUCGGGUGCUAAUCACGUGCAUAAUUUUGCACCUUGUGAUCAUCCUGGCUGUCAGUGUGAUAAUUCAUGCCCAUGUAUACAAGCACAAAACUUCUACGAGAAGUUUUAUCAGUGCAGCAGCGAAUGCCAGAACAGAUUUCCUGAGUGUAGGUGCAAAGCGCAAUGCAAUACAAAUCAGUGUCCUUGUUAUCUGGCUGUCAGGGAAUGUGAUCUGGAUCUUUGCCAAACCGAAAUUAUCAAUCAAAACGAAGCUGACAGGCGGCGAAAAGUAUAUGAUAAAUAUAUGUGUAGUUUCCUUUUUAAUCUUAACAAUGUUUCAGAUUUUGUUAUAGACGCGACACGGAAAGGGAAUAAAAUAAAGUUCGCUAAUCACUCAAUAAAUCCAAAUUGUUAUGCAAAAGUGAUGAUGGUAAACGGUGAUCAUGGAAUAGGUAUUUUUGCUAAGAGAGCGAUUCAACCUGGUGAAGAAUUAUUUUUUGACUAUAGAUAUGGACCAACGGAACAAUUAAAAUUCGUCGGUAUCGAGCGAGAAAUGGAGUUUCUUUAAUAUAUAUAUUAAUAUAUAUAUAUAUAUUAUAUGGACUUUUACACGUAUAAAUGGUGCAUCAAGCGAAUACAUAAAGCUGAAAUGUUAGAAAGGAAAUAAGCACUGCCUGAUUUUGUGAUGAUACUUAACUACUGAGUUUAUUAAGAUUCGAGAGUACAUAUUCAACUCCUGCCCCUAAUCAUGAUACGAUAUAUUAACAAAAGAAAAUUUCGACUCAGUAAUAAGAUAAAAAAGAAAUGUCGGACGCAAAGGAGUGGGGCUAUGCGUGCAUCGCUACGAGAGCGCUGAAGGAGCACAUAGCAGCGAAUGCGAUAUAUAUUUAUAAAUAAU